AUGCCUGUGGGAGAGCUCUUUCUGUCCGCGUUCCUUCAGGUGCUGUUCGACAGACUGGCGUCCAGGGAGUUGCUGAAUUUUGCACGUCGGGAGGGGGUCGAUUCUAAGCUAAAAAAGUGGAAAAAAACGUUGAAGAUGAUUGAAGCAGUGCUCCACGACGCAGAGGAGAAGCAACUGACAGACGGGGCUGUGAAGAUGUGGCUGGAUGAUCUCCGAGAUUUGGCCUAUGAUGUGGAGGAUAUAUUGGAUGAAUUUGCAACUGAUGCUUUAGGGAACAAGUUGGUGGCGGAAGAUCAGGCUAGCACUAGUAAGGUUCGGAGCUUCAUCCCUGCUUGCUUCCAUACUUGGAGCCUAAGUGCUAUCAACUUCAAUGUUAGCAUGGGGUCCAAGAUGAAAGAAAUCACUCGCCGGAUGGACGAUCUAUGUAAGCAAAGAAUUGAUCUUGGAUUGGAGAAGAUUGCUGGAGGGUCAUCAACUUCUGAACGGCAAAGACUUCCACCCACCACAUGUCUGCCAAUUGAACCUGCUGUUUAUGGUAGAGAUGGGGAUAAAGCCAAAAUAAUCAAUAUGAUGUCCACAUGUGAAUCAGGUGACAAUAAUUUUGUUGUAAUACCCAUUGUUGGCAUGGGAGGAGCCGGNAUUGCAAAGAUAAAUUUUUUGGCACCUGAUACUUACUUGUUGCCUAAUAUCCUUAAGGCUUGCACGGGAUUGUCGCCAUUGGAAACUGGAAAACAAAACAUUGGGGACGCUCACAAAGUGUUUGAUAGAUUAUCCCAACCGGAUGUGAAAACUUUUAGUGCUCUGCUUGUGGCUUAUGCGCAACAAGGGUUUAAUCAUAGUGGACAUUAUGAAGAGGCAGUUCUUUUGUUUCAAAGGACGCAUUUUGAAGGAUUUACGCUUGAGGAGGACAGUGUUUCUAGUGUUCUCUCCACUGUGGGCGAUUGA